GCCUCUGGAUUCCCCAAUGUUCAAUUUUGGAUCUCUAGAAUAGAUCGCGUCCUCGGGGCGGCGACCAACCAGAACGGCGGUGGCGUUGCACCGGAGGGAGAGAGCUCCAUAUCAGAUGGUUGGAUUGAAUCGAAAAAUCGACAGCGUGGGAUGACUGAGAAGGAGAAGAGGGCAGCCUUUCAGUUCUUGUUCGCUUCUUUGUUUGCUCAGUGCUUAUUCUUUAAUCUUUAUACGUGCCAUUAAUGGCGAGGAGGGCCAUGGUAGAUUAUUUGGGGGUUACAGUUGUUUGGUUUGGCUGCUUCUUUCGCGUCGCGUGAGAGAGAGGCGAAGAUCAGUAAAAGCGCCGCUUCGCUCCUUGUGCUUCAAGCUAGUGGCCGAGCGAGGGAUCAGAGCACCGGAUGCGAUUGACCAAUAUUCAAGGGAUUGUUGCAGUGAAAUCAAGUUGUUCUUAAAUGCUUGAGUAGAAGCACAUAGCUUAAAGAAGAUGGAAGAUAUUUUCUUAGUUGGGCAAGAAUCAUCAGAUGAAAAGCUUACUUCAUCUCAUAGUCAAAAGAAUAGUUUAACAAAUGAAGAUGACAACCGCUUCACUCUUUCUGAGGGUCAAGUGGAGUGUGAUAGCGAGAACCUUUCCAGCAAGGUACCAUUGAUCAUGGAUAUCAAGGAUCUGAAAAGUGGAAGAUGUUUGAUACAUAAAUCUCGUCCUCGCACCAGCCAACCCAUUUUCGCAAAUUCUUCAUAUGUGACGAGUACCAGUAAUGGCAAUGCACCACUUUGCAUUCAUUCAGCAAAGCUAAGUUUCGACUCUUUUCACAUCCUCUGCAGAAAGAGUUCAUUGUCAAGUAUCCCUUCCAGACACACACUCUAUGGUUACAGCCCAAACUUUAAGCAGCGAGUGAAAUCUCGAAGUGUAUGCAGCCUGACUGAUCUCAUUGUUGAAUGUUCACCUACAGUGCAAACAGGGAAUUUACUUCUGCACCCCUCAACCGGAUUGCUUCUUCGUUCAGUAAACGAAACUUUGAAAAGAAAAGUCCUAACGAAGAGUGCAGUGGAUUUUCAGUCAGCUCUUCAAGAUGGUAUGAAACAGAUAAUGACAAAGACAAUCAGCGUAAGUGGCGAUAAAACAAUGGAGGAGUUAAUUUCUCAUGAGAGACAUUUUUGUUGCUCAAGUUCGAACUCAAAGUCAUUGUGCCAGUCUAAUUCAUCCAACUCAGCUCUUCUUCAGUGUGUCUGGGAGAACAGGUAUCCCUUCUUCCUGUUCUCUGUGGGCAAGGAUCAUGGGAAGAGCAUAUACGUUGCCAGUCCACAUGAUACCAACAAUUCUUCAAUUGACAAGGCCCUCGACUAUAUCUAUCUGUUUCAUACACACACUGAAAAAAUAAAGGAAUCAAAUCAUAGUGUUUCUAACUUGGUUGCUAAGAUGAAGGUAAGAAGUUUUCUGCUUCUUGGUUCUGGCAGACCCAAUUGCACCGAAACUGAAUUUGUUCUGUCAGCUGCCAAUGAGGACCUUUCGAGUGGGCUGCAAACAUUCACAUCUAGUCUUGUUAAAAGCAAGGAGCUACCCUGUAGAUUGUCUGAAAUAUUUAGGUUAAAUCGCCAUUCAAGAUCUCAUUCAAUACAAAAGGUUGGUGGUUUGAGCUCUCAGUUUGAGGAACUACAAGAACUUCAUACAAGUAAGCUAGGGAUGAUUGAUGAAGCAGGUUGCCGGAAGGUUCCUUUUGCCGAUUUCCCUCGUUGUCUUGAGUUGGCUGCAAUAGUUGUAAAAACUUUUAGCUUUGCUAGGAACGAGGGGGCAUCAUCACCUGGUGGUUGGGGUCUCAAAUUUCUCGAGAAAGGUGAAGUUAAUGAUGCCAGUGCUUCUCGAGCGUCUCUAUGUUCUUCUGGAUCCAAGCUAAAUGAGCAUUGGAGGUCAGAUAUAAAUGUGAAUGUUCUUAUCCCUGCUGGGAUUCAUGGUGGCCCGAUUUCUGGAAUCACUGGCCCUUCUGGUCUCAUCGACAGAUGGAUGUCCAAUGGGCAAUGUGAUUGUAGCGGCUGGGACGUCGGGUGUCCAUUGACGGUACUUAACAACAAUUCCGAGGAGGAUUCGAAAUCUCUCAACCUGACUAUGGAGGGUGCCAAGGGCGAACCGGUUUUCGAGAUGUGCUGCUUAAACAAAGACCUCUACGACAUCCACUUCCAACCAAGUCUUUCAGCUCUUCAGUCAUUCUCCAUAGCUGUGGCAAUCGUCCAUUCACAAAUCCCCAGCCUUUAUCCAAAAUGCACAAUUCCAUCUUCCCGGCCCGAUUCUAGCAUCUGCCCGACUAUCCUACCUCUUCCCUGGUCAGACUUGGCACUUAGCUUCCACUAGUCAUGCCGGGUGAUAAAAAGGACACUUUGAUGCACGAAGCUCCCGUAUGCAAGGUUCCGGAGAAGAAUUUUCUAUUGUAUGCAAUCGUAUUUUGCAUUACAAGAAGUUAUUUUCACAACUCGGAACUCGAAACUAAAUCUCCUAGUAAAACUUAUCAAAAGUAUUUAAGAUCUCAAAACUAAACAACUAUCAUUCUAAAACAAUUUCUUAAAAACUUAUAGGAGAUCAUAAAUCCAAAACUUUUAGACUUCAAUUUUUCUUGUUUGGCUAUUUUGAUAUAAAAUGUAUCAAAUCAUUCUUGUGCUAUUUGAUGUGUUAAUUUGGUAUAAGAGUGACUUUGUGCUACAUUAGCUAGCUUAGUAUCAAAGUGAUCCUUC